UCAACCAUCACAGUGUGAAUCGUGAACGUGGUGGUGUCAUCUGUCAGUACCCGUCCUUACUGCAACUCGCGCGGACCAGUUUCGCGACGGUUUUUUCUGGAUUUUGCCUUCGGUCGGACUAAUUACAUAUCCUCACAAAAAAGUAAUAUAGUGUUGCUAAGCAUGUGAAUCUGUGCAUCGUUGUGUAUUUAUAAUUUACUAACAUGCCUAUGCCUAUCAGUUAACGGUUCGGUCGUUAUUGAUCGCCUACGUAUUAUUUUCAUAACUGUCUCGCAUCGUGCAAAAUGUGGAUGUGCAACGAAUGGCCUGACCUUCCGAGUGCCGAAAAUUCAUCCUUCCGUAGUGCUACAUCAAUUUUUCGUCAGCCAGUCUCGAUAUUUUUCAUUGCUGGUUUUGAGGUUAGCAUCGCUCCUUGCAAUUCACCUCUUUCAUAAUGUGUUAAUUCCGUUAAAUUUUUUCAAUCAGAAAUAUUGAUUACACAACAUAAGAUAUAAUUGUUGUGCCACAUUUAUAAUGAGCUGGUCCGUUUGAUAUUCCUUGUAUCUCAUGGAAGAUAUUUUACUUUUUGCGUAAAAGUUUAAUCGUAUCCUGUGCCCUGGAAAGAAGGUAACUACUGUGCUACGUUCGAUUUCCCACUCAUCUGUUACCGUUCCAAGUUAAAGUUGGAAGUUCCCUCAUUUUUCAAAUUUAGUUUCACCAAUGUUCUUCGUCUGCAGAAGGAGAUAAUUAUUGUGCUAUGUCUUAUUCCAUAUACGUGUAUCAAUACUUCAAUUCAAUAAAUCUUUCCCGCUUUGGAUGAAUGUUAAUGUAUGUCCAGUGCCGUGUGGAUGUCAGUAAUCACAGUUUUUCAUUGGUCUUCAAUAGUUAGUUGUUUUUGCCGUUGGCUUUGCUAAUUGUUAGCUUCAAGCAAUUCAUUAAUUCCUCAAAUUGUGUGCCGCGCUGCAUUUAUAAUAUUGCUCCUUGUGCAACAUUAUUCUCUUGUGUAAAUUGUGUGUGAUUAGAAUCAACGAGAAAUCUAUCACCAUGAUCCUCCUCAGAAUAAGGAUACUUCUUCAAAGCAGCGCAUUUUUGUGACGAAGUUUCAUGACAUCUUAGGGAUAAUGGCAGAGGAUGAAUCGAAUAAGCGUAUAUCGCAGGUGACGUCACUUCCAGCUCCCCAGCCACCACCUCCUCUCUCAAACAGCUCGGAGAGGCGUGAGGGACUGGUGCGAGGCCCUCGAUCGCUGUUCCUGAAACGCUGCGAUAAUGAGUUCGGAUUCACGCUCCGUCAUUUCAUCGUCUACCCGCCCGAGUCGUACACCGUGCUGGCGCGGGACCGGCGGUGGGGCCUGCGGCACGGGCCGGGGGUGUACGACGAGCCGAUGGACACGAUAUUCGUGAAGAGCGUGCGGGAGAACUCGCCGGCGUGGCAAGCCGGGCUCCAGACCGGCGACCGCAUCGUCUCCGUCAACGGGGAGAACAUCGCCGGGCUCAGCUACGCCCACGUCAUCCAGAUCAUCCAGGCCUCCGAUCCCUUCCUCCACCUCCUCGUCGUCAGCAAGCAGGACGACAUCCUCCAACUGUAUUUCAGCGAGACGGCACACAACCCGGAAACAAACCAAAGACCGCGUUUCAGAUCCCCGGAGAGCUCCGGGCCGCGCUACAGCCUGCCGGGGAAGCAAGGGAUCUACCAGAAUGUCUGGGAGCCGAGCUCGCUGAAGAUGGUCGGGGCGGGCGAACACACGUACGACGUCCCGCGGAACCUGGGGCGCCCGCUCCCGCUACCUCCGCCGCUGACGGACUCCUCGCAGAGCUCCAACGACAGCCUCGGGAGCCUCUCCAUGCCGCCCACCUACCGCAACAGCCCCGGGGUCCGGCUCAGCCUCGACGCCGGAGUCCUCCGCCACGAGAGCCGCCUGGCGCCCCUCGCCAAGAGCCCCCUCAAAGAGGAGACCGGCUCGCGGAGCAGCGACGACUCCAUCAUCAUCUCGCGGAUCCGGAAGAGCACCGAGCAGAAGGAGGAGUUCCUCAAGCGCCCCGUCUGGCCGGCCUCGAUCCCGCCCAAGGAGUACUACUCGCGCCCGCAGAAGCUGGCGCCCCCCGUGUGGCCGCCCCCCGGGACGACGCCCUCCCCGCCGCCCGCCCUCCCCGCCCGUGAUACUAGUAUUAUAAGCAAGCAGAAGUCCAACUUCAUCUCCGUCCUGGAUCAUGGCGAGGAGGCGCCCGGGCGGGGGAGUCGUGGGGUGGAGCCCUCGGUGGAGUUCCAGAUCGUCCAGGCGCGGACGCGGCAGUUCGAGAACGGGCCCGCGGCCGUGGCCGGCAAGGACAAGACGGAGCUCUACCGCAACGAGUUGUCGCGCCUCUCGGCCAAGAGGAACGUCCCCAACGUCGCCGUCAGGAAGAGGGAGUUCGAGUCCAUCGUCAACGAGCAGAAGACGGCCGCCCUCUCCAAGGAGCCCAAGUCCCUCGAUGCUUUCACCGGCUCGUCUGGGAAUCGUCUAAUUCCUGUAGGUGGUGGCAAACUUCACUGCGAGCCGCCGCCGGAAAUUGAAGAAGGACCUGAAAAUGAUGGCACUGAUAAACAAAAAUCCUUCAAUUCUUGGCCCCAGAGACAUAAAACAGUGGCUCGCCAGGAUUCAUAUUUAGCAGCUUGUAACAAACCUACAAACAAAGAAACACUAUUCAGGCACCCUGAGAAAAUGAAUGAUUCUCAGUCCUUCAGUUGCAGUGUUUCACCACCUAAUUGUGAUACCCCUCCAGCCCCCAAAGCCCGUCCUAACCGACCAAACAACCUCCCCCUCCCCAAUCGACCCUCCAAAUUCAGAAAUGGUGAUAACAAUAUCUGUUACAUUGGUGGCGAAUUUAUUGAAGUUCCUAGUCCUGAAGCACAAAAGGACCCUAAUCAAAUUUUAGAUGUAUCUUUUUUGAAUUCAUACUCAAAAGAAAAUACUAAUGCAGCUACUGAAACAGAAGAUGACCGUUCUACCAGGAGAGUAAGCUACCUGAAAGCCACUUGGAAUGAUCUUGUCACUCCAGAAAGUGAUAUAGAGCUAAGUGAUUCAGAGCCUGUUUCCGUCACUCAUCGCAAAAUCCAACGGAAAUGGCAUGCGCCUUUAUUCCCUGGUGAUAUUCAAAGGUUGAGGCGCUUGUUUGAGGACGCUGCUGCAUCCAGCAGUACUAAAUGUGCAUUAAGUUCGCGGCUUAGAGCAACCUCCACUGAUCUCAAUAAAGAAAACCCUGAGUCGGCGAUCAAGCAAGGAUCCCUGCAUUGCAAGGUUACAAUAACUGACGGCAAGAAAGCGAAUGAUCGUUCAUGGAAACCAGUGUGGGCCGUCCUCAGAGGACCAACACUAUACUUGUACAAACAAAGGAGAGAUUCUGUUCCAAGUGUACCACAAGAGACUCCUUUGAACGCUGAUAAAUUUGAUUUAGGGUCAUCUUGUGAAUGCAUUAAUCUUCGAUGCUCUACAGUAGAUGUAGCCAGUGAUUACACAAAGCGGAAACAUGUUUUCCGACUCAAUGCUCAUUCGACCGGAACAGAGCUCCUCUUACAAGCAGAAGAUGGUUCUUCCAUGAUGCAAUGGGUUCAUGUGCUUCAAAAGCAAGCAACCCAACCUCUAGCAACUAGUGAAAACUUAUUUGCUGUUUCGCCUAGCAAACCUUUACGAAAAUUGGCUUCUUUCCGCAACCGUUCACCUUCCAGUCAAUCACCAGCAAAUAAAACCAGUAAACAGGUCCAAAUAGAUCAAUUCGCCUCUCCCAAGUCGAAGACGUGGAAAGGUCGAAUGGCAAAACAGUUGCGUCGAAUUCAUCAAGGUGCUGGCUCACCUGUUUCUCCAACCUCUCCGGGACCUCCGUUUCCAGAAGGUGCCACAAUUGGGGUCCCUCUGGAAGACUGCCCACCUUCUACAUUCUCUGAAUUUGUUCCGUUGUUAGUCGAAUUGUGCACAAAUAUUGUUGAAACCAAAGGAUUAGAAAUUAUUGGAAUUUACCGAGUUCCUGGAAAUACAUCAGCGGUAACCUCGCUGACAGAGGCUGUCAAUCGAGGUUUGGAUCCAUCAAUCUUAGACCAGGAUCCUCGCUGGUCGGAUGUCAAUGUCAUCUCUAGUUUACUCAAAUCAUUCUUCCGUCGUUUGCCAGAUUCCUUGCUUACCUCUGAACUUUAUGCUCAGUUCAUUGCUGCAGACAAAAUUCAGGACCCCCUGUUUCGCAUGAUCACGAUAAAAAAAUUGCUCCAAGAGUUGCCUGAUCAUCACUACGAAACUUUGAAGUACCUGAUGCUGCAUUUGGGAAAAGUUGUCGCUCAUUCAGAAGUGAACAGGAUGGAAGCAAGAAAUCUUGCAAUUGUUUUUGGUCCAACUCUGGUACGAGCAGCGGAAGACAACAUGUUGGCAAUGGUUACAGAUAUGGCAUCACAGUGUCGAAUUGUAGAAAGUCUGAUCUCUUACUGUGAUUGGUGUUUCUGUGAUGGCGAUAUGCCUGAUUUCUCCAACAGUCCUGAUGUAGCGUCCGCUCAAGAUAUUGAUCCGUCCUAUCUCAAUCAGAAUCUGCUUCUGAAUAAUAUCAACAAACUAGAAGGAAUUCAAUCAACCAUCACAGCUAAAGAUAUUGUUUCAUCAAUCAUAUGUGCAGCCAACCGGAAAAUGCAACGUGCAACCUCCAAAGCAUCUCGCAAAAGUGAAUCGGACAUCCAGCCUGCUAAACAAAAGAGUGAAGCUAAGUCACCUUCUCAUCGCAAAGAGCGGUUGAACUCUCACACAGAUGAAGUGGAUGCAUCAACCAAUGUUUACUCUGGUGGAAACGUUACCUGUAUGACAGUGUCGACAAGACAGGCCUCCAGCAGCAGUAGUAGCUCUACGAGUAAUACCAUCUCUCCAGGUGAUGCAGCCUCUACAAACAGUAGGAAGGUAACCAAUGAGCAAGUAGACGAUGGUGUGACGUGGACGUAUGCUAACCUGUCUGCUACAACCCAAGAACGAAUUAAAAGGUUUGAGCAAGAAACCCGUGCUAUGCUACAAAGAGACAGGCUCAGAACGGAAAAUGAGAAGGAGAGACUGGAGAGGGAAUGGCAACAAGCUAAACGGGAACUGGAAGCUGAUGAUGCUUUAGAUCGGCUAGCGGAUGAUCCCUCAGCACUACAUGAACUAUCAGAAACAACAUUGUUAAACAAAGAAUCAUCAUCCGAAGAUUUAAGUCCGACAUUAAACAAUAAAGUGUCAAACAUGAAAAGAUUCAAAACAGGAAACGAAGUCUCUACAAUUUCCAAUGGAAAAUCUAGUGGCUCUCUUGACUCUUUGAAAGAAUCUAGUGUUACAAUGGGAAGGACACCCAGUAAUGCUUCUGAUGAAGGAAGUGAUUUAUUCACAAGCCUUACAUCUACUUUUGACAAGAAAUUGAAAUCUUUACUAAAAUCUGAGGAACUUUGUAAUGAUGACAUAGAAGAGCAUGUCAGUACAAUGCACGAUGAGAAAGUUUCAACAAAAUUUCAAGAUCCCAGCCUGCAUAGAUCCUUGGAAAAGCAGUACAAGCAGGUAUCAAAAAGUGAGAAAGAUGUCAAAUUAGACAACAAAGAAAACUGUGAUAAAAUUUUAGAGCACAAAAGAUUGACAAAAGUGAACUCAUUCGAGAAGAAUAACGAAAUCAAAGCAAGCAACAAAGCGAUUGAAGAUAACAAAGUCUUGAGUGAUGCUCUGAAGAAAGAAUUGACAGAUUGUUCCAGCAGCGACAAAAAAGCUCAAAAGUUUCAAUCCCUGAAUAAUGAGCUUUUGAAUUUAUUACAGGAAAAGACCUGUGUUAAACUUCGCCGUUCUGAAAGUUUGAACAAGCGCUCAGAAAAAGUUGACAACACUAGUCUAAAACUUCGUCGCUCCGAGUCUCUGAACAAGUAUGACAAGUGUAAAAACAUUGAGAACAGAAUCUCAAAACUAGAGUUUCUCUCAAAAAAUUGUGAAAAUAAAGCCAACAACUUCAAAAGGUCCGACUCGUUAACAAAAACGGAAAAGACAGAAUCAAACUUGAUGAAGAGGAGGCAACAAGAGCUCUCUAAAAAUCGGUGGUCGCGAGAAAAAGAGAACACGACAAAACUGAAAAGGAAAAACGGUAUCUCGUCGAAUAGGUCUAUCAAACGGCGGCAUACGGUGGGCGGAACGAAAGACUUUGACAAAAUCAACUGGCUGGACAACAAGCAGAAAGAGGCGAUAGAAAAUAACGAAGAGUUGAAGAAAGAAAGGCGAACAAGCUCGCCUGAUCUUAGUUCCUCACGUUUAACAAGUGUUUUAGUGGAAGUUAUUUUAAGACCUCGCAGUCUUGCUGAAUCUAAUUUAGCAUCACGACUCUUUAAUUUACCGUUAGAGUCCCAUGUAUGAGCUGCUAAAUUUUUGUCUUGCUCCGAUAAAAGCUUGAAGAGCUUUUUUUUAUUGUGGCUUACCAAUCUCUUGUGAUAAUUUAGGUAGUCUUAACAAAUUCUAAAUUUAUGUUGCAUAAAAUAUAAGCUAUUUCGGUGAACUGAGCGUGUAACUCACUUCAUCUGCGUAGGAUUAAGGUGGGGUGUGUGUGUACAAAAGCUACAACUUCUUUGAGUCAAUAUCAAUCAGUUUUGCACUCUUUUUAGUUGAGACCAGGUUUUUUUUCUCAAAUUUAUGGAUUCAAAGGAAGCAAAGAUCGACAGCAUAAAAGUUUGUUGUCUGCAUAUCCAAAGAUAAAAAUGUAAUUACCGUAAUGUCUUGAUCUGUAUUAAUACUGUGGAGUUUAUAUUGACUGCUCUUGUGCUUGUGAUUUUGGGUCAUCCAACCUCAAAAUUUAUUAGGAUUCUUUCAAGAAGAGCAUUCAGUUCUGCAAACCCUUAAAGUGUGGAAAUAAUUUGAGUAAAGCUUACGAAUCAUUUUGAAUUAAAACAAAUCCUCUUUGGAUUCAAAUAGUUGCCGGAUUCGCCAUCAAAGGAGUGAGGAGUAUGGAAUUUUGUAAGCUGUUAUUUUCAGAAGCUAUAAAUAGUAUCCUGGUGAUAUUGCUAUUGAUUAGUGCAAGUAUCAAUGAAUCAAUUCCUAUCCGCCUUGCUGUUUUGAGACAUUUUCACGAAAGGUUCUAAUUACUUUUGAAAAACUUCAACUUGUGAGUUCAAAGACUCCAAGUAGAAAGUGGAAUAGCAGAUGACAAAAAUGUCGCAUUGAGUUGUUUUGUAUAUAAGUGUGUUGGUUGUACCUGAUUAGUUGGUUUUUUACAAAAUUUUUAUUUUAGUAUCAGAACUCCAAUUUUUAAUUUAUUCUACUGAUAUGAUUUUUUUUGAACAGCCACUCCCUUCUCUGCUGUCUUUUCCACAUUGUAUAAAUGCGUUUGUGUAUGUGUGUGUCUGGGAGUGAUCAUCCUUGCCGAAAACAUUCUCUGCCUUUGCAUAAUACUGGAUUAGGCAAGUUUCAAACAUUGUCUAAACCCUUUACUUAGGCCUUGUCUCCACGGGACGUUUCAUGGGAUUUGUCCCAGGGAAAAAUCUCACUUGCGAAGUUGGGAAAAAAAUUGAGUUAGUCAAUACUAAUCACAGUACCAACUAAGAGUCCUUGUAAAGCCCCAGGAACGACUCAAAAAGAAGAAGAAGAAGAAAUUUUAUUGUGGUGUUUAACGGGGAAAAAGCCCUGAAGUUUUGUUCCUGCGAUUUGAACUCUGGGAAAAAUCCCAAGAAACGUCCCGUGGUGACAAAGCUUAACUGUUUGCCUUAUCCUGGAGGGUAUAAUUCCAUCUUGAAAAUAACACUUGCAGUAAAGUUCGAAAAAUUUGAUCCUUUUAAAAUUCGUGGAUUGUCUACAUUAGGAGUUUGGAAGAACCUUGUAUUUUCUCGAAACACUGGUUUAAAGGGGUUCGGACUGUAGAAAAGUAAUCUGUUGAAAAGAGGCGAGAUUAACUUGUUGAGCUUUCAUUUUGAAGAUUUUUAUGUGAUGCUGAAAAGCAGGACUCAGAACAUGCUAUUUUUUGGGUUAUCUGUAUUUUAGCUGUAAAAAUUAAUUUAAAGUUACUCUAAUUCUUAUUUCAAGCUCAACUUUACUGGAUCAUCACACCCUGUACUCCUUUUUUUGAUGCAAUCACAAUUGGACCAUCCAAAAUUUUUUGUUAUUACAAUGAAAUUGUUCUAACAUAAUUUCAUAUGUGACCGGAUCAGUGAUCGAGAACCUAUCCUCUGGAAGAAAAUAUUCUCCAACUUGUGCUAAAACUUAAGCCGUGUCUUAUAACUAAGAAUAUUUAUUUUAGGAGCUCAUAUAUCCUUCUCAAUUUUUGAGCGUUCAGGGUCAAACUUGGCCCAAAAUUUCCAAAUUAUCUUCUUCUAUGUGUCUGAGAAAAGUUCUGGAAAAUUUUCUCCAGGAAGAUGGUGUCCUUUUUCACAGAUCCGAUCACAUAUAACCUAUUUAUGUUCGGCCUUCUCAGUUCUUCUGUUUGUUUAGUCUUUUUUGUAUUAAAGCCCCUCUUGUUUGUUAGUCGUAUUACAUUCGCCAAUUGGGAUCAGUACACCGUCCUGUCAAACUUUCCCCUGUAAUUAUUUUUGCAUGUCUCCGCUCGAACUAAUUGGAGUUGCCAUUUUGUUCCUUUCUGGCUCCUGAGAGGGCAGUCAUUUUUGGUAAUAACGGGGGCUCGUAUCAUUCAUUCAUUCAUUCAUUCAUUCUUAUGUUUGACAAAUUCAUCCCUUGCUGACCGUGAAAAUUUCACCCAUUCAUGAUAUUCUUUUCCAUCGUUUAUUACUGCCUUACACUAAUGAGUUAUUUCUGUAAUCUUUCUCAUCGACCAUAUUGGGAAACUUUGCUUGACCCUCUUUCUGGAGGUAACUCAUUCUCCUGGAAAUUGAAGAGCAAGUAAAAGUUGUAGAGGCAUCCCUUGACUCGAUUUCUGAAAUAAUGUAAAAGAUUAAUCAAUGUGGUAGGUUUGUCAUAUUUUUUUACAUUGAGAAACUACAAAUCUUGUAUCUUAAUUACGAUCUGCCAAAAUUUCUACUCCUUUAUUUUUUUACAAAAUUAAUGCUCAACAUUUUUGUAAAAGCAUUUUUGGGGAGCAUUUGAAAGGUCAAAAGAAAAUCACACAAAAUAUUCUCCAAGAACGCUGAACAUUCUUCCUCAGAAAAAAGUAAAUUAUCAAAUAAAAUCUGCAAUGCUCUACAUCUGGGUACUUGGUUUCGCAGGUUUAAGCUCAACACAUUUUUUUCAUCACAACAUAGUCUUGAGUGAUGAAUGUGCCUCUGAUUGGAAACCUCAUUAAGCUUUCGACUUUUCACAAGUGCAUUCCAUAGCUUUUUUUUCCCCACUUGUAUUGUUUUCUCCUAAUCUUAUUUUUUUUUUUUUUUUUAAAAAAAAAUAGAUGAUUAUUAUCAAUCCCAGAUAGUGAAAGCAGGAUUCGUCAAUACCUGAUAAGAGCUAAAUUUUUUGUUUCAGUUAAUAUUGACAAAUCAUAAAUAAUCAACUUGAUGAAGAAUACAACUAUUUUGAUCUGUGAAUUUUUACAACUGAGAAGUAACUAACUCUUUUCUUUCAACUAAGUUGUUUUUUAUUAUCAACAUGGACUUUGAUAAAGUUACCUCAAAAUCCUUAUCAAAUCCUACCUUUUCUUGCCUGUCCCAUUCAAAUCGUACAAAAAAAGUUUUUCUCGAAAAUUUAGACUCAGAUUUUAGAUGAUUUUAAGUACCCAA